CCGCGGAAACAAUUUACCGUCGCCGGCCACCGCCGCCGCCGACGAUACUUCCAUGAAAACACUUCCAUCAGACGUGAAGAACAACAACAAAAAACCACGACGAUAAGUUAGUAAGAAGAAAACAACAACAACAACAACAUUCGUACGAACGAAUCGCGCGUUACAUGCGCGCGUGUUCGCAAAGAUACGUUUUAGAAAAAAAAUUCGGAACCAAAAUCGCUUUGCGACUCGUUGAGAACUGCCGUACCGACUUUCCCCCACCCACCGGAGCGGAAGCACGUGGGUUUCGCCUGGUGCUUCUCUCCACGCGCCGGCCGAAUGGGGGAAGCGGCCACGCAGCAGCGGGCUCCACUGGGAGCCCCCCCCGCGUCUCGCCUCGAGACCCGCGCGGUCGACGAGGAGGAGGAGGUGGUGGACGAGGAGGAGGUGGACGAGGUGGAGGAGGAGGACGGGCUGCCCGGGUUCUACUGCGAGAUCCGCAGCGGGAGUCGAACCGCCCACUUGGUGCUGAGGGACGUGCGCACCGAGGGCCCCGUGCUGGUCGAGGCCUCCCGCGUGACCGUGCGCGCCGGCGCCCGCGACCUCCUCGUCGCCCUCCCGCCGGGCGUUACCGCCGACCCCGGGGCCACCGGCAGCGUCCGCCCGGUCCCCGAAGACGGGACCCACGUGAGCCUGCGGCUCCACGCGCCGCAGAGCCUCUUUGCCGCAGGCUCGAAUGCCCGACCCGUGGUGCAGCAGAUCCGCGAGCAGACCACUCCGCACUUCUCAUGCCAAGCGUGUGGAGCUUCACUGCUGCGACCUGGAGAGCCGUUCCGGCGGGUGCUGCCGCUGCCCUCGUGCCACUGGCAGGCGAUGGUGAGCGAGUGGUGUUGCCACGGCGGGGGUGCCCGCGUGGACUCGCUGGCACGCACCCCCCUGGGCCCCCGUGCGGGCGACUGCCUCGUGGGCGACACGCACCUCGUGCUGCACGCUGGCAGCCUGGGAACGGCGGUUCGGUGGCACCGCGACGUCGCUUCGGAAGUCGCGGCGCCGGACUCCGACCUCGGCGCCCGUCCCGCGGCCCCGCUGGAGAGCGGCGACCCCUGCCGCCACCCCCAGCGCGGGGCAACCGGCGCGGUGGGCGCCGCCGAGGGAGAGGGGCGGCACGCGGAGGGUCGGAGGUCGCCGCUGCCGCCGCCACGCCCGCCGCUGGGCAAGGCCAAGGCCGAGUUGCGGUGCGAGCAGUGCGGCCGUGUGCUCGGGGAGGCGCUGGGAGCAGAAGGCGCCAAGUUGUUCCUCACCGAGGUGUGCGUUGGAGGAGUUGAGGAGACACUGCCGCCUCCGCACUCUGCCAACCCGAGGUCGUGGUUCCUGGAGCGGCUGCUGUCCCAGCAGCUGCUGCUCAUCUCCACGACGCUGUGCAGCUACCGCUUCCGCGUCGAGGACCCGCGGGGCGACACGAGACUGCUGCUGUGGGUGCUCAACAGCGACACGCUGCUGCUGCAGCAGAGUCCCCGUGGCGGCGGCGGUGAGUCCGUGGCGCCGCAGUGCCACCGCGUCCUCAAACUGCUCUACCGCCACGCGGGAGGAGACGCGGCCACCUCGGCCACUUCGGCAGGCCGCGAGGACGAGCUGUGGGCACGGGACGUGAAGGCCCACGACCUGUGCCUGCCCAGCGGUGCGUGCGCCGAGCUCUCCGCUGUGCUUAGCGCCAGCUCCCAGCUCGCUCCGCCCUCGCUCCGGGACGUCAACAACUUCCGGGUCGGGCACUUGAGGCUGGCCUAAUGGACGUGAGACCCUCCCCCAUAUGCAAGCGGCGUCAUCGCUCUCUCUGAAGAGGGACCCCCCCCCCCCCCCGAGUGCGCGCUGGGUGACAAGGACGUCCACCGAUUCAAGUCUACGGUGGCUCAGAAGUCGGCGUCGCCCAGCCGGCCCCAUUGACAAGCCUGGGUUCGAGUCCGGGUUUCGGUCAUCCGCGAACAAACCGGGAGCUGGGGCUUAGUGAGUUGAUGGUCUCGGCCCGGCACACCACAAAUGGCUGCAUCAACAACAACAACAACAAAAAC